UAUGUGAUAAGUAGGUUAUGGGUAAAGAAUGUACUGAUUGAGUCGUUCAGGGUGUAAGCAGAUUCCUAUUGGAGAGGACGCAGCCCUGUGGGCGUGGCUGUCCAGAGUAAGCGGCCAAGGUGUUGUUAGUCGGUAUGGUUAGGAGCCGCAGCAAGAAGACGCACGAGGGAAGACAGUCGUGGACUGUAGAUUUUUUUUCUGAGAAUAGGAGGCUGUUUCACUAAAUAUUGUUGAAAGAAAAAAAGUGUGGCGCAAGGAUUAGGCGUUGCUGCCUGAAAAUUCCGUCUACAUUAUCGAGUCGAAAUGGACUUUAUUUGAUUGCACCGGAGGCGCGUUUCCUAAAGGUACACUGGGAGUGAAUUUAGUGGUGGCAAGAUUUAUCAGAUGGCGCUUCUCUCUUUGAUUGGCAUUGCAUAUUGAUGAGCUAGCUUACAUUUUCCCGUGUGAUCGACUUGCGUUGGAGGAGCUUCCAUGGCGACCAUGACGCACAUCUGCCCUCUUUACAUCAGCGUUCUGUGCCUGCUCCUGCUGAUGCGCGCACUGGCGGUGCGCGCUGCCUCCAAGGCCAUCGUGUGUGAACCCAUCACGGUCCCCAUGUGCAAAGGCAUCGGCUACAACCUGACCUACACGCCCAACCAGUUUAACCACGACACUCAGGACGAGGUGGGGCUGGAGGUUCACCAGUUCUGGCCACUGGUGCGCAUCCACUGUUCCCCUGACCUGCUCUUCUUCCUCUGCAGCAUGUACACCCCUAUCUGCAUCCCGGACUAUCGCAAGCCUCUGCCCCCGUGCCGCUCCGUGUGCGAGCGGGCCAAGCGCGGCUGCUCCCCCCUGAUGAGCCAGUAUGGGUUUGAAUGGCCCGAGAGGAUGAGCUGCGAGGGGCUGCCAGAGCUGGGUGAUGCUGACCGCCUCUGUAUGGACCGGAACAGCAGUGACGCCACUACUCUGUCCCCAGGCCCGGCCUUCCCCCCGAAGCCUACCCCCAAGGCCCCCUACCGCAACCCAGCCCGCCGCAGGCCGCAUCUCCUGCCCAAACCCCACCACCAGGACUGUGAACAACGCGGCUGCCGCUGUCGCCACCCCCUGGUGUCCGUCAAGCAUGAGGCCCGCUCACUGUACGGCCGUGGCGUCCACACAGGCCCCGUGGAGAACUGCGCCCAGCCCUGCCGUCAGCCCUACUUCACCCCGGACGAACACGCCUUCACCUCCCUCUGGAUCGGCCUGUGGUCGGUCCUCUGCUUUGUCUCGACCUUAACUACGGUGGUCACGUUCCUGAUUGACCGCGACCGCUUCUCCUACCCCGAGCUGCCUAUCGUCUACCUGGCUGCCUGCUACCUCUUCAUCUCCCUGGGAUACAUGGUGCGGCUGGCGGCGGGCCACGAGCGUGUGGCGUGCUCCGAGGACGGCGGGCACGUGCUGUACGGCGCUUCGGGCCCUGCCGGCCUGUGCACCUUGGUGUUCCUGCUGGUCUACUUCUUUGGCAUGGCCGGCGCAAUCUGGUGGGUGGUGCUCUCGCUCACCUGGUUCCUGGCGGCGGGUAUGAAGUGGGGCAACGAGGCCAUCGCCGGGUACUCGCAGUACUUCCACCUGGCCGCCUGGCUGGUGCCCAGCGUCAAGACCAUCGCCGUGCUGGCCCUGAGCGCUGCUGACGGAGACCCUGUGGCAGGGAUAUGCUACGUGGGCAACCAGAGUGUGGAGAGCCUGCGGGGCUUCGUGCUUGCUCCCCUGGUGGUCUACCUCUUCACAGGCUCCCUCUUCCUCCUAGCGGGGUUUGUGUCGUUGUUCCGCAUCCGCAGCGUCAUCAAGCAGGGGGGGACCAAGACGGACAAGCUGGAGAAGCUGAUGUUGAGGCUGGGCCUCUUCACCGUCCUCUACACGGUCCCUGCCGCGGUGGUGGUGGCCUGUCUGGUGUACGAGCAGCACCUCAGGCCCCAGUGGGACAGGGGUCUUUCCUGCUCCUGCCAGGCUGAGAGAGAGAGGCUAAGCCUAGGGCCAGACCACGCCAUCUUCAUGCUGAAGUACUUUAUGAGCCUGGUGGUGGGGAUCACCUCGGGGGUGUGGGUGUGGUCAGGGAAGACCCUGGAGUCGUGGAGGAGGUUCCUGGGGAGGUGCUGUUGUUCAUGUCCCUGCUGGGGCCACAAACCGUCCAGCGCGUCAGUAUACAGCGAGGCCAGCACAUCCCUCACGACACGCACCGGGCUGCUCCCCUCGCAGUCUGAGCACAAGUCCCUGUCGCACCCAUCUGUGUGACCAGACUGGCUGGACGCUUGUCAGACUCAUGGUGCUCCACAGAGAGUGACUGGAUGGACGCUUGUCAGACUCAUGGUGCUCCACAGAGAGUGACUGGAUGGACGCUUGUCAGACUCAUGGUGCUCCACAGAGAGUGACUGGAUGGACGCUUGUCAGACUCAUGGUGCUCCACAGAGAGUGACUGGAUAGACGCUUUUCAGACUCAUGGUGCUCCACAGAGAGUGACUGGAUGGACGCUUGUCAGACUCAUGGUGCUCCACAGAGAGUGACUGGAUGGACGCUUGUCAGACUCAUGGUGCUCCACAGAGAGUGACUGGAUGGACGCUUGUCAGACUCAUGGUGCUCCACAGAGAGUGACUGGAUGGACGCUUGUCAGACUCAUGGUGCUCCACAGAGAGUGACUGGAUGGACGCUUGUCAGACUCAUGGUGCUCCACAUAGAGUGACUGGAUGGAAGCUUGUCAGACUCACGGUGCUCCACAGAGUGACUGGAUGGACGCUUGUCAGACUCAUGGUGCUUCACAGAGAGUGACUGGAUGGAAGCUUGUCAGACUCAUGGUGCUUCACAGAGAGUGACUGGAUGGAAGCUUGUCAGACUCAUGGUGCUUCACAGAGAGUGACUGGAUGGAAGCUUGUCAGACUCAUGGUGCUUCACAGAGAGUGACUGGAUGGAUGUUUGUCAGACUCAUGGUGCUCCACAGUGGCUGACAGAAACUAGAUGGAUGUUAAUUUAACUUAUUCAACAUAUUGUAAAUUAUGUAAACUAUUGUCUUCACAUAAGGACAUGUUUAAACAAAUUGUGGCAAUAUAGAAGUAUUUUGUAUUAUAUUUCCUAGUUCUCAUCCUCGACUCAUUGCAGGAGAUUUCCCCUGAAGUUGGAACUUUUUAAAAGGUGUUUUUAAAUUAUCUGUGGGG